UUUUUGGAGUUUAAAAAAAUUUCUCAUUAAAAUUAUGGAAGAAUCUUCUUUAAUAACGUCUAAUGACGAUAAACAAAAUCAUUUGGUUGUAGAAAAAUCCCCAAAGAAAAAGGAAAAUGUUGUCCCAAGUUCUCACAAUUCCUCAACCUCUUCAAGUGUUGCAGAAGAAACUCUUAGUCAAGUAAAUCCGUCAAUUUCGGAUCCGACAACUGAUUUGACGGAAGAGGAUAUUUUCCGAAUGAAGAGUAUGAGCAUUGAUAGAGAUAAAUGGAAAAAUGGUCCAGCAGCAAGUGAAUAUCAAUCAGCAAUUUCCCUCGUUGAUUCCGCCAGCAAUUAUAUUGAAGAAGACCGCGAAGUUGACGAAGAAGAGGUUGAUGUAACUGAAGGUUUGCUUCCUGAUCAAAUGGUGCCAGUACAGCGGUCAAUGUCUUAUGCUGAUGCAGUUAAGAGAGCAACACAUCAUGAGCAGUCUGGGAAGGUAUUCCUCUUUGAUGGUUAUGCAUUUUCUAAGAAAACGGAUCCUGCAGUAUUAUCACAUCUUAACCAAAAAACAGUCAGCACACUUCAAUACCCAUUUGAGCCUGUCAAUAUACCCCCAGGUGAACAAGAAGAAUAUCGACGUGCAUUUUCUCAAGCAAAGGUUUAUCUUGUGGGUACUGCACAUUUUAGCAAAGAAAGUUGCGAAGAUGUUUGUAAAACUGUGCAAUUAACCCAACCAGAUUUUGUUGAACUUUGCUCUUCCCGUAUUCAAAUACUCUCUAUGGAUGAGGAGACAUUGUUGAAAGAAGCUGCGGCUUUAACAAAAAAGAAAAUGUUGGAAAUUGUUCGACAGCACGGAGCAGCUCAAGGUUUAAUGCAAGUUUUGCUUCUCUCAUUAUCUGCCCAUAUUACCCAACAACUCGAAAUGGCACCUGGCGGUGAAUUCCGAGCAGCUUACAAUGCUUCUAAACUUGUUAGUGGAUGUCAACUUGUUUUGGGUGAUCGUCCUUUGCAUAUUACGUUGAAGAGGGCUUUGAGUUCGCUGAAUAUCUUUCAGAAAAUGAAAUUCUUUUUUCAUCUACUUGUAUCGUUGCGAAUGGAUAUAAAGCAAGAAGACGUUGAGAGAUGCAAAAAUAACGAUAUUUUGGAAGAACUCCUUCAAGAAAUGGCUGGGGAAUAUCCCCAAGUUUCCCGUAUUUUAGUCGAUGAACGAGACCAGUAUAUGACACAAGUUUUACAUCAUCUUUUACAACGUGGAACGGUCGAGAAACUUUGUGCUAGCAAAAAAUGUCGAGCCACAUUUGAACCAUUAACAAUUGUUGCGGUUGUUGGAAUGGGGCAUGUUAAAGGAAUUCAUGCAAAUUGGCCAAAACCUAUUGAUUCAGCUGCUUUGCUGACUAUUCCACCUCCUUCACUGAGCAGCCGAGUAGUAAACACAAGUGUACGAUUUGCUUUUUAUGGAAGUAUUCUUGCCAUUGCAUUUUUUGCUGGCCGUAAAAUCUUCAAAGUUAUUGAGCCUCGUUUGCCGCAAAUUAACUUCAAAAUUUUUGUUUGA